AUGGCGCUUGAGGAUGAAUGGACGUGCGACGCCAAUGAUGCGCUUCAGAUCACGGUGGUGCAGCCCGGCGACACGAAACCGAAAACUCUCUCGACCUUCCACCCUCAGUUCACUUACCCCAUUUUUGGAGACGAAGAGCAAAUCUUCGGCUAUAAAGGCUUGAUUAUUCGUCUGCGCUUUGCCGCUCAUGACCUCCGCCCUCAUGUUCACAUUUCCUACGACGAUCGAUUCAAGGCGGUUGGCGACAUUGCUGCGACGGAUCUUCUCGGCACCUUGAAGGAAUUCGUUCCAGAAGAGGCCUUAAUCAAACUCCCCGACUACGAGAAAGCUGUCCAGCAAGAUUCCAGCGCAAAGGAUUUUACACCACCCGGCAAGCUGGUCUAUAGCUACGAAGCAAACGAACGGAACUACGAGAUUUGGGCAGGGUCUCUCGCGGAUCCUGAUGUGCGACGCAUCCUCGAUCGCGCACAGAUCUUGGUGUCACUGUUCAUCGAGGCCGGCACACCGUUGGCGACGGACGAUCCAGAAUGGACACUGGAGCGGUGGACAGUAUACUUUGUAUACGAGAAGGUGACACCCCCAACGCCAACGGCUUCGUCCUACUCCAUCGUUGGAUACGCCACCACCUACCGGUACUGGCUUUACCAGCGAGAUCGCUCGAUCACACCAACCGUCAAAGAUGAUGCCUUCCCCCCUCCCGAAAUCAAGCUUUCCGAGCUCCCAUCACGUCUCCGCAUCGCUCAAUUCCUUAUCCUCCCCUCACACCACCGCGCGGGUCACGGUACCCAUCUCUACACCACCAUUCAUGCCUCAUGUAUCGCAGAUCCCACGAUUAUUGAACUGACGGUGGAAGAUCCCAACGAGAGCUUCGAUGCUCUUCGGGAUACGGCCGAUUUCUGUCUGCUGCAGCCCGAAUUCGUCAAGCGCAAAGUCAAUAUCAACCCCGACCCUAGCGGGGCCUACUCUCGCAAACAGCGCCUCCGCUCUGUUCCAACAGCGGAGCUCAUCCCCACUGAUGUGCUUCGCGACAUUCGCACAUCUUUCAAAAUCGAGGCCACUCAAUUUGCCCACAUCUUGGAGAUGUUCCUCCUGGGUCAGAUCCCCCCGAGCCAUCGCUUGGCUGGCGGCACCAACUUGGCACGAUUGUUGAUCAAGAAAGGCAAAGCGGAGGACCCCAACGAUCGGAGAUACUAUUGGUGGCGCAUGCUUACAAAGCAGCGUCUCUUCAAGAAGCACAAGGAGCUGCUGCAAGAGUUGGAGCUGAUUGACCGGGUAGAGAAGCUCGAUGAUACCGUUCGGAAUGUAGAAGAGGGAUACGAGAUCACUCUCAAUGCGGUCGAGGGCCGCUUGCCUGCUGCAGAUGAGGCAGCUCCAGCUCCUAGGAAUUCUCGCAACAAGCGUAAGCUUGCUAUUGAGGAUGACGAGGAUGAGGACGAAAAUGGGACCGAGGCGGCUAAGCGCCCAAAAGUUUAG